CUGGCGCGGCUCCAGUGAACACGGACCAUAGAGGGUCGCUCCGCCACGUUCCUAGAGAGGCCGUGCCGCGCCGGUUGGCGGCCAGAACUUCCGGCGGCACGGGCAGCGCGAGGCGGCCUGGACGGCGGACGGUGGGCGCGAGCUUCUGAGCCGUGUUGCCUUGGGAAAUGAGGCCUUAGUCGAGAAGAGUACACUAGCAUCCGUAGACAGUUUGGCCUUACCUUCACCAUGCGGUUAGGGAAGCCUAAGGCGGGCAUUUCCCGAAGCUCGGGCCAGGGCAAAGCCCCUGAGAAGAAGCGCAAGGCCAGCCGGCAGCAGCGGCAGCGGCAGCGGUGGGGCGUGAGUGUCCGAUUCGACACGGGCUUGACCAGACUGAGCAGAGGCCUGGAUGAGAAGCCCUACAAGUGUCCCAGGUGUGAGAAGAGUUUUGGGCAGAGCUCCACCCUUUUCCAGCACCAGAAGAUCCAUACCGGAAAGAAGUCCUACCGGUGCGCCGACUGCGGGAAGAGCUUCUUCCAGAGCUCCAACCUCAUCCAGCACCGGCGGGUGCACACCGGGGAGAAGCCAUACGCCUGCGACGAGUGUGGGGAGAGCUUCAAGCAGAGCUCCAACCUCAUCCAGCACCAGCGCACGCACACUGGGGAGAAGCCCUACCAGUGCGACGAGUGUGGCCGUUGCUUCAGCCAGAGCUCACACCUCAUUCAGCACCAGCGCACGCACACCGGGGAGAAGCCCUACCAGUGUGCCGCCUGCCUCCGCCGCUUUAGCCAGAGCUCGCACCUACGCCAACACGGCCGGGUCCACGCCGCCGUGCCGCCGCUCACCGCCCGCAGGGCCCAUCGGGCCGCCUCCUGGAAGGCUGGCAGUGGUGCUGGGAGGAAGGCUGGUGGCGGCGGCGGCAGCGGUGGGAGGAAGGCCGGCGGUGGGAGGAAGGCCGGCGGUGGGAGGAAGGCUGGCGGUGGGAGGAAGGCCAGCGCUGGGAGGAAGGCUGUGGUGAAGGGCUCGGCUUCUGCCCUCUUUAAAAAAAAGAAAAAGUGAGAGGUAAAGAGGGGAGGUAGAGCGCUUGGACCCCGGGACAGGAGCCCCCACCCGACCCCUGACCCCCACGUGAGGUGACGCUGUGUGGCGCGGCGCGGGGCGGGAGGGGGGCCGCGGCUGCACAGCCGCCAGCCUCCCCCUCACAAAGAUUGCCCGCCCUCCUGCGCACUAGAACUCCAGCAUGCCAGGCUUACUCUGUCUAGAACUUUCUGUGGAAGGAGUAAUUGGGUAAAAGAAGCUCAACUUCAGGAGGAGGCAAUUUUGUUGGUAUUGUUUUGUAUAUUAAUCCUUAGCUUGUAAGUGACUCCACAUUGGACCUCUUAAAAUGCGCGAGGCACGCCCUCUCACCUUGUUUCUUCCCCGAAAGGAAUGAGGAUGUCCCUGACUCUCAUCACACUUUCCAGAUACAAUCCUGAAGAAGCCCGUGGGGGCUCCCUUGCGGCCUUCAGCCAUUUGAGGUGGAUGCCAUGGCCUCUUGGCACCUUCUGGUUGUCUUAACAAACGGAGCCAGCCUUUUACACGAGAAUAAACCAUAUUCUCCUAACAGAACCUCAGGUUCUGGCAAAAA